AUGUCCUUUCACCGGAGGACACGUCGUAGACUUUUAAUCGACGAGCUGCUCAAUUGGAGACAGCAGCGAAUGAAAGUGGAUAUGCGGGAAGAUAGUUGGGUGAAAGAAGGCGACGACGGAGAGAAGAAAGAGUGUCCAGAGAAGCUCCGGCCAGCUUUUUGUAUGGCUUGCCAGCGGCAAAGAAAGCGCAGCGGCCAUGCUGGCCUUUUCGCGGGGCUGAGUCAGCGUGCACGGCCACCGCCCGGUGGUUCUGCCGGCGGAAAAAUGGAAGGGGAACUUUGCCUCUUUCGGCACUUGGACAACUGGCCGUUCCGUUCCUUCGGCGCCCUUUGCCGGGAGAUUGACCCUGCUGAGUCCGGGGUUGAUACGGCUGAAUGGGGCCCUUUCUCUCUCUCAGCCACCAAGGGUACCAUUCGAGCAGUAAGAACUACUAGCACACUAGUAGCCAAACAUGAUACUCUUGUAUAA